UCUAUUUUAAGCAAACUAUCCUUAUUUUCGGAAAACCGUAGAAUGACGUGAGAGUAAUUCGAUAUCCCGCAGUGCUCCGUUGAAUAUUUAAAAUUCACUUUAUAUCUGUAAGCGAUGGAAGAAUGACUUGUUAAUGUUUCAAAGAAGGAUAACGAAGACUAUCCCAUAAGACAUAUAAAAUGGGUCGUGGAUUUCAACGAGGAAGAGGUUUGGAAAGAGGUCGAGGAAGAAACCAAGCUAAGUAUGCUAGAAAAAAUACAAAAUAUGGUAGGUUUCAAAGAGCUAGAGGUCGCGGUAUUUCGGAAAGAGAUCGAGGAAAAAACCAAGCAAAGUAUGUACGUGGCAAAUCAGAUACGUCUUUCAUGCAUAAUGGAAUAACCCAACACGAUAGACCUUUAAAUUGCUACACAGACCUGGACAUGCCUGUCGAUGAAGAGGAGAACUAUUUAGAGGAUAUACGGAUAGGUAAUCCUAAGUUAACGCAUGAAGUAGAGUUGGAAAAAAGAACAGAAGAACAACGACAUGAACGUUCUGUUAACGAUGACCCGAUAAAAGAUUUGGAGGGCAAUCGGGUAGAAACUCCUAAGUUAACGCAUGAAGAAGAGUUGGAAAGAAGAACAGAGAAACAACAACAUGUACGUUCUGUUAACGAUGGCCAGACAACAGAAUUGAAGGGCAAACGGGUAAACAAACAUAACCAAACGCACGAAAAACAGUCGCCAAGAAGUACUGAUUACGAGAGAGAUACAUACAGCAGUAAGCUGCAAGCUGUGAACGAUUUUCAUGGAGAUCUGAGACUUUACAUACGUCAAAGGAAAUGUAUGGAGUUUCCAGAUAAUGAAGACAGACCGAUGGGAUCUGGCCAUGACACGGAUGAUGGAAAACACGAAGAUGUCAAAUCCUAUCAAAGAUAUCGGUCGAUUGAGGGAAGAGACGAAGAAAGACCAAUUGGCUGCUUUGGCAUAAAAUCAAACGGUUUAUAUUUCGACCAAGAUUGUUUGGCCAGAGUAGCAAACGAUAGACAUGUUGAUGAACUUAAUUUACCAAUUGACGGAGAUGACAGCGUACAACAUUACAAUAAUCGAGUGGAUGGCAGAAAGUCAAACAAGAGUCAUCUCGAUGAACGGAAUAGUUUGCAUGGCAAAAUAAAUACAUACAGUUCAAAUUCUCCAUAUGGAAGUCGACAAAGUUUCAAAGAAAACAUUGACCUGCAUCAAAGUCAUGAUCGAGAUUUUUCAAUCAUAACACAUUCAAAUUUUGGAGACCAUGAAAGGAAUAGAAUGUACGGAGAAAGAAAAAAUAAUGAAAGUCCAAGUACUUUUUAUUAUGACCGUAAAAAGUCGAAUGAAAGAGAUGAAAUAAACAGCAGGCUUUUUCAACUAGGCGGUAAACGAGGCAUGUCACAGGGUUCAAAUUAUGACUAUAAGGGAGGGGACAACGGACGAAAAGAUAAUACUGCACGAGAAUUUAAAAGAGAAAGACAUGAACAUAUAAGAGUUGAUGAACGUGAGCAUGAAAACUUAUUGCAUGUAAGAGUUGAUGACAAAGACAUGUUCUUGCCAAGACGGAGUCCCCUCAACUCUGUAAAAAAUUAUAGUUUGAAUGGACUCCAAGCAAGAAACGAUGCAGUAAAACAUGAAAGAUACAUUUCAAUUUGGGAUUCUGAAAAAUACGAAGCUAGAAGGCAUUUUAAGGAAGAUUCACGAACAGAAAGGCGGGAUGAUUCUAGAAGUUUUGACAACCACUAUUUGCCAAAUCAGCUCAGCAGAUAUGAUCAAGUACGUGACCCACAUGUUGAACAUGUGACAAACAUGUUGACAGCAAACAAGGAUGAGAGAGGAUUUGAUAACCCACGAUACGACGACCGAAAUCAAAUGCCGGAUGCUUAUUUUCAUUGUUGCGAUGGUCUACCGCGUGACCACAUGAUUUAUUUAGAUAAUGGUUUUUGUGAUGGGAAUAGCAACUCUCGCGACUUGUAUAAUGAAAUGAGGGACCAGUUGAAUGUCGAAGAGCUGCAAAGAGGUCAGAAUGGUGAUCCAUUUGACGAGCGAGUUUGUUUGAGUAAUGUGCAACGAAAAAUGCAUGAUGAAGAAUUAGUAAUGCACACAAAACAUCGCGACUUUAACGCAGACACUGAACUAGAGGGCAACAGAAGCACUCAGUCUUGUAUAAUUGACGAGAUUUCAUCAGGAAAUCAUUGUCCAGCGGAAUUGUUACUGACACAAGGUGGUAGUCACGCAUCACGAAAACGUAAACGAGAUUUUGAUUCCAAAAUUGUAAAGAAAACCAACCGAAAACGGAAGUCGCGUUCAGACAUUAGGAAACGUAUGCGGACUAAUGAAAACGACAGGAGAUCGCCACCCGGUAAUGAUGGCCAACGGUUUAUUACGGAAGAGUACAUGGAGAAAGCGAAUACAGAAAUUUUGGUUCCGUUAGGAACCGAAAUUGUUAAGGCUGCUUUGAAUCACCCAUCACCGUGCGCGUCGUUUGACUAUCUUUGUAACAACACAUAUCAAGGCCGUGAAUUUGAAACUAAAUAUUGUUUGAAAACUUUCGUGCAAAAAAUGUUUGAAGACACUGGUAUAAAAAUUACAGAAGAUGGAAUUGAAAUACCGAAAGUAAAAAUCAAAAUCUGUCAGACGUAUACGAAAUUCAUACGGCACGAUCAUGUUUGUAAAGAUAUUCAUAUCUGCAAGUUCUUCAUGAUUGGGCGAUGCAAUAAAGGAGAUCGGUGUCCUCGUUUGCAUAAUCUUCGUCAUACUCGCAAUAAUUUAGUUCUAAAAAGAAAGAACAUCGACAAACUUCCGGAUAGCAUCGUGCUUGAACUAUGCAGGCACAUAGACAACCGAAACUGGACCACACUUCCUAUCGUCUGCAAAUUCUAUAAUAAUGAAGCUUGCAAGCAUGGCGACAGAUGUCAUCAUUUACACAUAUGCAAGUUUUACAUCGCGGACGACUGCAAAUUCGGCGAAGCAUGCAAAAGAAAUCAUAGGUUUCAAAGUUUGCAGACGAGGAAUGUACUAGAAAACUUCGGUAUUGAAAAUAUUCAAGAGGAAGAAAUAAAGAUUAUCAUGCAGAUGGCUGUCAAGAAAAGGCGUGCGUAUGAAAAGAAAAACGGUAGCAAUAGUCCUAUAGAGACUUUUCUUGACGCACACUUUUGAUAGAAGUGAAUAUGUUUUCGAUAUAAUAAUUACAUAAAUUCAAAACAAUAAAGAAACAAAACACACACACACACACAACUCAAGAAACAAAAUAAAAACCACUCGCAUGCAUGCACGCACACAAUCACACACAAAACGACAAACAAGUUUAUCCAAGAACGAUUUGUUUAAUUCCUUGCAAGUAGCAACAUAAGAUAGAUAGUAACACGUCUAUAAAGAAAUGAGUUCCAGUCGUACAUGAAUGGGAACAACAGUGUGUAAAUAUAAAACAUAACAAAGAAAAAUUUAACCAACUCCUGCACUGUAUAGCGAUUUAUACUUGUAACUUAAUUAUAUUAUUAAAUGGUUGAUUUGAAAGAAUAUUUUCAUUAAUUUGCUUUUUCAUGUUUAUUUGAUUCUUAAAUGUUAAAUGUCUUUUUAAAUCUUGCUCAUGCAAUCUUUUUUGCGAUUUUUUAUAAAUGUUAAUAGUUAUACUUCUAAUAAUGUAUAAUAAUUAAUGAUAAAAAUUAAAUAUAAUGAUUUGUUUUACCAUAUACAAAUGUUAAUUUUUUAAGUACUGUAAGGUCAAACGCGUUUUGAAGAAUAAGGGGACAAUUGACGGUAAGUUAAUGAAGGUAAAACAUGAAAAAGCAUGUGUCUUUAAUGCUGUAUAUUAUAACAAAAAUUGCCUGCGAAUGUGCCCAUCAACUACACUGCAUCUUUUUGUGAACACCGGGAAGAUCUUCACUGAAGUUUGAGAUUGAAGAUUCCUCUUGGCGAAGUAUCUUCUUCAACGGUUGAAGGCGUAUUCUAUUUCAGCGAGCAAUUUCAUAUUUGAAUGUUAAAUAUGUAAAAUGCUGAACUCUGUUACACAAACCGGGAUGUAACCCUUUUGAAAAUAAAGGAGCCCGUGGGUUUGGUUUUGAUGCAAGGAUUCCCUAUAAAGUGAAAAAUAGUCAUUGCAUGACAGUGUUUCGUGUUUUUGAACUUCGGUAUUAACAAGCGAACUAAGACGCUGUGGUAUUGACAAACGAACGAAGACGCUGUGGUAUUGACAAACGAACGAAGACGCUGUGAUUGGCUACCCACCGAAGACGCACGAGACAAGAGGCAUAUACAGUGGCAUAUGAUACUUUACGCACAUACACAUAUGGUGCAGAGUUAUAUGUUGUUAGAUUCAGUCAUUUGGACUGUUUUUAUUCAGUUAUGAACUGUAAUGUCGUUCUUGUAUUGUCCAGUAGGGAUGAGAGAAAUGCAAUCAACAUGAUUUUCUUUAGUCAAAAAGUAACAAAUACGUGCUAGAGAUUGCAUAUUACGUACAAUGUUGUCUUUUAAUAUUGGAAUUUCGCAAGACAAACUUCAUCAUACUUAGCAUUUCAGGUAAAAAUCGAUAUUUAACUUAUUAUGGGUCAUUCUUCCGAUCUGGUGAGCUUGCACAAAUUGUAGUUGCAUUUUUGUUCAUCAUAAAAGAAAGUAUUGGUUUACGGUGUGAAUGUAAACGUGCAUUUUGGAAUAUUGUAUUGGUGGUCGCAAUGUUCUGGUAAUUUUAAUUCAUUUGUGAAGGUUUUCUAUUCUGUGUAUAUAAAUAUACCUGCCUAUAUACUUUCGAUCGUCUACAAAUAAAAACUCAAUCCUUGA